AUGAGUGAUAAUCAAUCAUCGACUACAUCAAAUAACAACAAUAAUAAUAAUAAUAAUAAUGAAAAACAACAACUGGAAUCAUCAAUAGAACAUUUACCAUCAUUUUCAGAAAUAAAAAAUGGAUAUUCUUCGACUUUGACUGCGGUAAGCAGUAGUGGUAAUAAUAAUAAUAAUAAUACAUUGAAUCCAACACCACCACCAAUAGGCACUAUCCAUCAUCAUACAACCAGUUUUACACCCUCAAUGUCCAAUCGGCAACAUUUGGAACCAUAUUCAAACGAGCCAUUUUACCCUGGUGCGCAUCACCAGCAUCAUCAUCAUCUUCAUUCAACUCUACCUGUAUUUGAAAAUCAUUUACCACCUCCACCAUUUCAUAGUGGUGGCCCUCCUCCUCCUCCUCCUUCCCAUCAUCACCAUCAUCAAUCUUCAUCCUCCUCCUCUUCCUCAUCCUCUUCAUCCAAUACCAAUACUUCGACCACCACAUCAUACCCUUAUAAUACAUCACACUUGUCUUCUCCUCCUUCAAUGCCACAAAUUUCUUCUUCACAUUCCCAAGAUUUGGCAUCUCAUCCACCGCCCCAUUCGAGUCAUCUUUUGCACCUCCAACACCCACAUUCUCAUCACGCUUUGAAUCAUCAUCAUCAUUAUGCUAACCGUCUAGCUCACCUUGAAUCCCCUCCUCCUCCGACUGGUGGCCAACCCCCACCACCAUCGUUGCCCAGUUUCCCAUCGAAUGUUACCACUCCAUCAUUCACUCCUACUCUUCCACCACCCUAUUCGUCCCACGGUGGAGGUGGUGGCAGUGGAAGUAACAGUUCAUUUUUUACUUCACCACCUCAACCUAUUGACAUUGGAGAUACUUAUAGUAAUAAUAAUAAUAAUAAUACGACAUCUAACAACAGUAGUGGUACAACGAUUGAAUAUCCAUAUCAUUCAUCCAGUUCCUCAUCUACCGGUUCACAAUCACACCAUAUUUUUUCAACUCAUGGUCCACCACAACAAAGCCAACAUUCCUCAUUGCCCAUACCACCAUCCAUUCAUACACUCAAUCCCUACUCUGCGGGAAUUUAUACAAUAGGUGGUGGUUCAGGCGGGGAAAGAGGAGGAGGACCAAUCAUACCUGGAGGCGGUGGAUUUUCAUCAUCGAUGCGACCCAACGCGAGCGUGAAUCUACGAUCAAAUCCACCAUCCCCACCAAUCAAUAGGACAAUAGGAGGAGGAGGAGGAAAACAUGACAUGGAUGGUAGUUCCAAUUCAUAUUCUACUGUUAGACCAUCAUAUAAUCCAAGCCUAACAUCAAGUAGUAGUAGUCUAAGGUCAUUGUUUAAUGUAGAUAAUAAUAAUCAAAAUAAUCAAAAUAGAGAUAUUAAUAAUAAUAAUAGAGAUUUUGAUGAAGGUAGUGAAUCAAGUGUUGAUAAUCUACAUCAUCACCAUCAUCAUUCAAGUAGUGGAGGAGGACCAUAUGAAGAUAGAAAUUUAUCUUCUCCUCCUCCAAUAACAACAUCAACGACAUCGACAACAAACACAAAUCUUCCACCAUCAUCAUCAUCAUCAUCAUCAUCUUAUAAACAACGUAAUCCAAAUACUAAUAAUAAUAAUAAUAACAAAUCAUCAAACUAUCAUCCAUAUAAUAAGAAUAAUGAUCCAAAUAAUAAUAAUAAUCCGAAUAAUAAGAAAUAUGGUGGUGGUAAUAAUGAUAAAGAUAGAGAUAAUAAGAGAGGUAGAUGGAGACCAUCACCACAAGAAAAAGAAGUAUUGGAAGCAUUGUGGAAUGUAAAUCAGUAUCCAGAUAGGACAGAGAAAUACCAAGUUGUAGAAAAGUUAAAACAGUGUGUCACCAUUGACCAGGUAUCGAGAUGGUUCAAACACAAACGCGAGAAUCUUGCCCAAAAGGGUGAGUUUGUUUACAAGGCCAUUGCAAGCAAGAAAUUCACACCCGAGGAGGUGUCCACGUUGGACAGCGCCUUUAAAACCACGCCCUAUCCAACCCAAGAAAAUAUCCAAGCCAUUGCCAAGCAACUUGGUGUCGAUCCACACAAAAUCAAGAAUUGGUUCAAAAGUAAACGUUGUCGGAUGGCUUCAAGAGGUCAAUUUGAAUUUAAACCAAAAUCUUCUCUACAACAACAACACUAUCUUCAAAAACAUAUGGAACAACAACAACAAAGUCAACAAAGUCAACAACAACAACAACAACAACUAUUACCUACUAAUACUACAAGUUCAACAUCUACUACUACUACUACUACUGAUAAUAAUCCAUAUUUAAUAUCUGGGUCUUCUUCUUCCUCUUCCUCUUCAUCUUUAUCUUUACCUUCAUUUAAUCAACAACAACAACAACAACAAAUGAAUUAUAAACAACAACUACAACAACAAUAUUAUGAUGAAGAUGAAGAAGAUGACUUGGAUGAUGAUGAUGACGACGAAGAAGAAGAAUAA